GAUUAUUGUAUUGGAACGAUUACAGUAACAAGGARCAUCAACAAAACCACUUCUCUCUGAAGGAUUCCCGCAAGCUAUUUUUAUCUGUGCCAUGUCGUCCUAGAAUGAAUGAGGCAUCAUCUUUAUCGUCGGUAACAAAUAGAAGAAUUCCCGAGAACAAAAACCAUAACCUGCCAUCUGUCCCGGUUGCCAGAUUGAGCGGUCACGAUGGACCUGUGCAAGCGAUCACAUUUACGCCCGAUGGCAAGUGGUGUCUCACGGGAGGGUUGGAUCGUACAGUAAAACUUUGGAAUCCCUUUCGUGUAGACCCUCAGCACGCUGUUAGUGCCAGUGCCUCUACGACCAAACCGUCAUCAACUUUGUUUCGCGGGARCGUAGCGCGAGCGGAGGGUAGUUUCRAAGAAGAAAUCGCUUUUCAGGAUCUGCCCCCGGCCUUGAAUAUUCAGACGUAUUCAGGAGGGAUGACGCACGAUGUCUCGGCGCUUUGUGUCACAACCACAUCRUCUUCUUCGUCAUCGCCUCAGGCUGUCUUGGCGGCAUCCAAUCAAGCUUUGGUUGUAACCGACCUGGUGUCCAAUCAGGUCAAACGAAGGCUGGGCCAAAACCACCACACCGGGCGGAUCAAUGCAGUGGCGGCCACGCCAUGCGGUGGAGAGGCAUAUYUAACAGCAUCGUACGAUGCCACUGUUGCUAUCUGGGACGGCCGUUCCCGUGACAACAAACCUAUGCAAGUUUUGAAUGAUGCAAAAGAUUCUGUCACCAGUGUGUGCGUUCGACAAAACACGUGCCACGGAGAAUCUGGUGGGGUACACAACAACAAUAUAGCAGUCAUUCGGACGGCAUCCGUCGAUGGAGUCCUUCGAACCUACGAUUUGAGGAAGGGCUUGAUGGAGUGCGACGACUUUGGAUCCCCCAUUACAAGCAUGGCGCACACAAGCGAUGGAAAUUGCAUCGCGGUGUCUUGCCUGGAUGGAACUAUCCGGYUAAUGGAAGCGGAUACAGGAGAACUCUUGAACACCUAUGAUUCUCAUCACACUGCGGGUCGGUAUGGAUUGGAUGUGGACAUUCUGGCCGACGAUGCCACCAUUGUCACUGGAUCGGAGAACGGAGCGUGUGCGCUUUACGAUAUUGUUCGGGCAAACCCGGUGCAAAUCCUCGAGGGACCUGCUCGACGACCCGCAUGCACCGUGAAAGCUCAUCCGAAGCAACCGUCCGUGGUCGUCGUGGCUAGCUACGACAACAGCACGGUCGUUUGGUCCCACGAUGCGUCACCCUGGCAAGAGCAGUUUUCUUCGCAACGAUAAUGUGCGCUGAUGCAAACUGACACCUCUACGAAUUUCUUGGUGGGCARCACAGUAUCGAACGCAACAAUUCUGUUGAUAGAAUUCAAGUUUGACAAAGGUUCAUCUGAGAUCUAGAGCAGCUCUGCCGCCAUCUUCGAUAUUGGUAAACCCUGCUUUUACAGAGCUCUGGACAUUGUCGCUCUACAAUCUGGUCCUACAGUAGACUGCUGCACCUGCUUGCAUCAUUGCGAUGUUUCCUGUGGACCUCCUUUGAUUUCAAACAAAAUCCCACAUAGUGUCGAAGACCCUUGUAGUUGAACAGGUGGGUACUUUUGGGUAGUGCGGUAGUAGGUGAGAUGUUUUCUAGUUAGCAUUGAUGUUGUGGAGGCCUGACCGGGGUAAAUACACAGCAUUUAGGUUGCUGGUUAAAUUAAAAAGAAUUGAGUCAACGUGGUUUGAACAAGUGUCUGGGAAAAGGUAGCAGAAGAGGCCAAAGAAUUAUUUGAUGCUUCUUUUUGGAGCAUGCGUUGAAGACCAGCAACUCAUGUGUGACGCUCUCCAGUGAUUAUUUACUUGGAGGCAUGGUUGAAAACAAAUACUGGGUUAUAGUAGGGUGUUGGAAGCAGAGGUGGAAAAUGCUUUGUGGAUGCUUAGGUCUGGAUUUUUCAAUGCUGUAGCAGACAAUUUAUUUGAUCACAAUUUAGUUUCAGAAAGUAUUUUUUAUGUCCAUGUGACAAAUUCCAUGGUAACAUUAAGGGUUUACCUUUUCAAUGCAGAGCAAAAUCUUUCAUUGACCUGCUUUUCUGCAAUGGUCUGCAAAUCGUGAUAUCCAAGCAACUUACUCAUCACAUUGCUUACCUUCCACUCAUCACCUAGGCUACCAUCAGUACAUUCUUUGUAGAUAUGGUAUGCUGUAGCAAUGGCCAAGGCUUUUGUAUGAUUAAUUGCAGCAGUGGUAGUAUUUCCACGUUUUGUAACCCAUGUUGGCUCUGGAGAUAUAUGCAUUGACAUGGUCAAGUUUUCCAUAAGUAUAAAGAUAAACCUCAAAAGACUCAUUCAUUUCAAUGCCCCAUUGCCCUUUCCUUCUGAUGAAUGUAAAGAGAGGAAGAUGAAAUAGAGUUCACUGAUCCUAAGUUGUACGCUCCAGUGCUCUGGAAUAAACAAUGGACUCCUCUGUAGGCUUUGGUUCCUUUGUCAGGAUCAGCUUGUACACUUUUCACAGCAGUGAUAGGCUUAGCAAGAUGUGAAGCAUUCUUCUUAUGAAAGUACUUUCCAGGAAAUUUUGUGGGUACUAAAUCCUUGCAGGUCCAAUGUUAGAAAGAACAACAUUUUCAACAAGGUGGAGCACUUCAGCAGGGCCAGUGCACAAAUGUCAAUCAUUGCUAGAUUCCCAUCCACAAUAUCAAUGUUUCCAUGCCCUCUGACAGAUGCAAUCAACAUCAGACAUGAGUACUGUUUGUCUACCUCUUGUAAUAAUCUUUCCAUUGAGGUAGUUAUCAAGUGGACCACCAAAGCCUUGAUAUGGUCAGCUCGUCUUGUCAAUACAUAGGUCAAAGCCAGCCCAUUUAGUGAAAUAUUUUGUAUUGUUGACAAUAGUCUUGUAGAUGUAGUCACUUGUAAGCUACCUUGCCACUGAUGGGGUCUCCAUGAUAGGUCCUUUCCAAAUCAUUUUUGCACAGCUUCAAGUUCCUUUUAAUUUGAUAUCACAUUGUGCAAGUCAUUGUGUUUGCAAUGUCCUCAUUGAAUGAAAGAUCUUUUGCACCCCAUCUAUGAUUGAUGUUUUCAGUUAAACCUUCACAAGUACCAUGCAAAAAAAGGAUGCCAUCAAACUGAACUGUUUCAGGUAAGAUAACAGGUUUCACUUUGUGUCCUUCCCCUUUGUUGUUUGAAUCAGAGAUGUAGACAUCAGUAUAUUGCAUUACCAGUAUUAUGGAUGCCAACCACCUGGAUUAUCAACAUCAUUCCAGUCUUCAGGUUCUCCUUUCUUGUCCACCUUUGGAUCCUUCCUUCCAUAACCCACUGGAAUCUUUGGAAAGCUAAGAAUAUUGUCAACAAUAGUUCCAUUCUUCCAAUAGAAGAAAUCGCUCAGUAUCAUGAGGCUCAAUUGUGUUGUCCCAAUUCCAAGCUGUUUGGCUCUUAGUGAUUACAUUGAAGAGCUCUGCUUGUUUCACAUCCUUGUGACUCAUUCCAGAAGCCUCUGAAUCAUAAUUUGGCUCAAUAUCAUCAACAACCUCUUCAUCACUUGAGCUUUCAUCAUCCUCAAACAAAGUUUCUGCAUCUAAUUCUAACUCAAAGGCUGCUUUGAAGGCUGCAGAUUGGGACUCCACGAGGGCCCUGACUCAUGUUACUGGUUGUCAUGUUGUCCUUCUUCUUUUUGUUGGUUGCUGUGUUAUUGUUUUUGUUAUGUUGUUGAGUGGCAUGGAUAGUGAUGCUGAUAAUGUUGCUGAUAGUUUUGCUGCUGAGUGUUGCUGAUAGUGUUGCUGAGCUGAUAGUGUUGCUAGUUGUUGCUAGCGUCUUUUUGUUGUUGUCAUCAAUUUGCUGUCCUUAGUACUAGCUGGCAUCAAUAACUUGCUGGUUGGAAGUGUUGCUGAUACUACUAGUGUGGAUAUGAGUGCUGCUAGAGCUAUAGUACUGGUGGUGUUGCUUCUUGUCAGUGAUGCUGAGCGUCGCUGAUAAAGAAGUGGGGUGUGCUGCUGAUUAGUGCUGCAGAUGGGUGCUGUUGAUUUGUUGCUGAUGAUGUUGUUUAUAGCGUUGUCGUAUUGUCCUUGAUAACCAAUGUUGAUAGCUGAUAAGUGUUGCUGAUACUGCUGUUGCUGUUGAAAUAGUGCUGUGGAUAGGACUGUUGCUGGAGAUAUAGUGUUNUGUGGACCUCCUUUGAUUUCAAACAAAAUCCCACAUAGUGUCGAAGACCCUUGUAGUUGAACAGGUGGGUACUUUUGGGUAGUGCGGUAGUAGGUUAGAUGUGUUCUAGUUAGCAUUGAUGUUGUGGAGGCCUGACCGGGGUAAAUACACAGUAUUUAGGUUGCUGGUUAAAAAGAAUUGAGUCAACGUGGUUUGAACAAGUGUCUGGGAAAAGGUAGCAGAAGAGGCCAAAGAAUUAUUUGAUGCUUCUUUUUGGAGCAUGCGUUGAAGACCAGCAACUCUUGUGUGACACUCUCCAGUGAUUAUUUACUUGGCGGCAUGGUUGAAAACAAAUACUGGGUUAUAGU